AUGCGCUGGAAGAAUAUGGGCACUCCAUCAUACUGCGUCUCGCUCUGUCACCCUCAAAUGAAGCGCACCAAAGACGACGACGGCGAGCUUGCGCGGGCGCACGCAACCCCAGAUGACUUGCGCGACUCCGAAGGUGGCCGAGCAUCCAGGCCUACGAAGGCACUCCCUCGUCGAGGCGGUCAAGAUCACACCCGUCAGGCAGAGCCAUCGCUCCAGGAGGCUGAUACUGAGCGGGAAGAUCAGGAUUCCAUAUCCUCUCUCUCAUCCGGCUCUGUCCGCAGCAAUGACAGCGAUGAUUUUGCUUUCGUUAAUGCGCUACCUCGAGCCGAUGGCAGUAUAUCGUUCAAACCCUCCAAGGCUACACAUCUACCUAGGCAUCAAAACAAGAAAUUACAACGUCGUCAUCUUGUCCACAGCGAAUCGUCUAUGGCCGUGAAGGAGCGCUCCGGGUACUUUACGAGAGCCGAUGCUAGGUUAGGCGCGGUUAUGGAGGACGUUGCGUUCCGCGCCGACGCCCCGUUGCCUCUGAACUCCCCGCUGGAACCUCAGCCUCUGACUGUUAGCCAAGAUUACGACGGAGCGCCCAUAGUUGACCGAGUGAGUGAGGCGUGGUUCUAUCCAGGACUAUUGCAUCUAAACCUAGAGCCUGUCGCACAGGAGACGCCUGUUGGUCAGCCGGGCGUGGACGCGACUCUCAGCAACUCUGCUCUACUCGGUGUUGCUACAAUCAGCACAGAUGGCGCGUCCAUUCUGUCGGCAACCUCGACCACAGGCCAAGUCGUGACUAUUGAGGUCGCCACUGAUAACCUCGUUCAUCCCUUCACACAAGGCAUGGAAGCGAGCGAGUUGGAUUCUGCUCAGCGUCCGGUCGACCAUAAUACUGCGGGUGAUCUCGGCCCUCCUGCUGCUGAGCCUACAGCUGUGGUCGCCACGAUGCCAGACGCAAAGGCCGGCACUCGCAAGGCGCUCGGUCCGCGGUCACGUCGCGGACCCUCACGGCAGAAACUGGAGACGCGUGCCAAUGACGCCAAGAAACGUGAUGCGCUUCAACAGAGUGCGACUACCACUCGUCUGCGGCGACACCGUACGCGUAGAGACGCGAGCGAGGCGUCACAGAGCGUCACAGUUUCGGCCUCUCGUCGUUCUACACGUCGUAAACAAUUGACCUGGAAAGUUCGCGAGGGCGCGACCGACUUUGACCUCGCCGCUAUCUUCGACGGCCACGCAGAUGUCCAGCGCAGCACCGAGGGAGUUACAGCGUCGGAGUCGGCAGUUCCCGUAGUGGAAGAGACGGCGCAGGAUCCUGGGGCAAACGACCGGGUCGAGGCGGAUCUUGGUCUGCGCCCCAUAUCAGAUGUGGAGGAGAUGCCGCGAUCCCUCGCGGCGCAGUCGUGGCCGGAUGGUAUGGUUUGGGACGAGGGAGAGGCUGUGCGCCAUCAGUCGCCUUUCCGAAGCACAGAGGAUGCGACCGCAGCAGCAGCAGAGCAGCAGCUCACGCAGGAAGAGUCCGUGCCCAUGUCGGAGGGGCGAUAUGAUCAGGAGGAACAGGAGGAAGCGGAACGAGUCAACCCAGAGAAGAUCGUGCACGAUACAGAACACCGUCGGCUAUCAGAAGAUAAGGAGCAGGCGCAACAGGCGGAGGCGGAACGGCUCGCUCAGGAGGAUGCAGCCCGCACUGCAGAGCAGCAUCGAAUGAGAGAGGAGGCAAGACGCACAGUCGAGUUGGAGUAUCAAGACCGUUUUGCAGAGCUCAAGCGCGAGUCGAAGCGUCUUGAGGAUGUGAAGCGCGCUGCUGAACGCGCCCUGGAGCUUGCCGAACAGGCGCGACAUACACCUAACGAUCAUAUUGUCACGAACCAGCCUCCUUCAACCCGGGCCGCCUCACCUAUACCGACUACGCCGCCGCCGAUGCCUACUGCAGCUCGUGCACCUAUCACUCCCACUCGACCGACGAUGUCUACUACGUCUUACGCGCCUCAAACUCCCACCACGCCCACCAACGGUCAUACUCGUCCCCUUCCCAGCGUACCCGGCCAGCCACCUCUCGCCCAGUCUAGACCGUCGGCUGAAUCCCAUGCUCAGAGCGCGCACAAAUAUCAUCCGCCCUCGCCAGUGCCGCCGCCGCCGCCGCCUCUGCAUUCGCGUUUGCCUACGCCACCGCCUGUUCAGAACGCGCAACGACCCCACCCACCCUCGCCAUUGCGGAACUCAAGGCCUCGUUCAGGAUUGCACCAGCAACAACAACAACAACAACCGCCGCCCGCGCCCGCGCCGGUGCCCCCAGGCCCUCGCCCCGUACCUCGACCUCAACCUCAACCUCAAUCUCAACAGCCGCUAUCACGUGAUGCUUCCGUCAGCUUCACUGCGCCUGAUCAAUUGCAUGGUCUUAUUUUCCUGCACAUCAGUAUCCAUGCCCAUAACGUCCACGUUACUUCGAAUGGCACGACACUGAAGUUGUCCGGCGCUCGCGACCGUGUCACACAGGCGCUUCAAGCGAUGCGGAGUCUGAUCACUAGUGUUUCCGCUUUCAUCGCUAUCAAGGUCCCACUGGCGCAGGGCCACCCAGCUUUGGUAGACUCCACUGCGCCUCGAGCUAUAUAUAUCGAGACGAGUUGCUUCGCCUCUCCUAUAACAGGUUCUACCGAAGUCCUCGUUCAGGGACGGCCAGAGCAUAUCAGCAAGGCGCUUCAAUUCAUCACAGGCAUGAAAUCACAGGAUCCAGCAACUUCCCCAAAUGUGGCAGCUCCAUCGACGCCUCAGGGGCAGGCAACCACAGGACCAUCUAUGCCACCCUACUCUGGCGCUUCCUCUACACAACAGCCUCGUCCGUCUAAUUUCGGUCCCUCGCAAAAUCCGGGCGAGCUCUUUGAUGACUUAUUGUCUGACCGUACCCCUCCCGAUGACCCUACUCCCGGAGCUUCGAAUCCGGACCAAGAGAUGCACGACACAGUGGAAGAGGAUGGCACUAAUGAAACCUUGGGAGGACAGGGAAGACGCCCGUCAGCCCCCGCCCAAUCAAGCACUCAGUGUCCCGCACCCUCCCCCCAGCUCGCCACAGAAUAUGUCACGCGAGAGGAGUUUCGAGCGUACCAGGAGCAACAAGGACGAUGCAAUGCGGCCACCGACCCGCCGCGCCCGUCAAGAGGACGUCCAAGUGAAGACGCUGUUCGCAAGGCGACGAUGAAGGCGUUGCACAUUGCGCCUCCCAAACGACAGCGCAGAACAAGAGGUGGUCAGGUGAAUCAACUUCGCACCGUUCUUCGCGGUGUGAUAUUGUCCUUACUCGAGCGGCCUUCUUCGAAGGCACCCUUCCCGGCCCAUAAGAUACCAUCACACAAUCGUAUCGCCGCAUACACCACCCACGGCAUCGCUGGUCCGUCUAAGGAUGACUGGCUGGUCGAUCCGACUGCCAAGUUCGCCACGGCAUGGAAUCAACAAGCGGGUAUUGUGCUGAUGGACAUUCUUAUCGAGAACGGGCACAUACGUGCCGACGAGCGAGAGUCUGCCUGGGCAUGGUUUGAGAACCAUCAUAAUGGGACUCUUAGGUCCCAUUAUAAUGCUCUCAACGUUGGAGACGAGAGAGCGCGCGAGGCGAACAGGCAGAGAACUAACAAGAACCAGCGUAGAGAAUCGCUCGGUAUGUCACGCAUGACCGUUUGCUCGAGUCGCAACGCCCUAGCAGAGGUUGGCGAAGUUCUCAACGAUGUCGGCGCAAGGUCAACUGUGCAUAGCGACGACGAAGAAGACCACGAAUCUGCCAGCCCCAGGUAUGGUAUCGUCGACGACAAGGACUGGCGCGCAGAUCUGCUACGCAAGUUCUUCCGCCACUGUGACGUUCUUCAUCUCGGCGCCAAGUUUGACGAGGGGGGUUUGCAUCGUACGGCUCCUGGUAAUUGGUUCCGCGUUCGCGUACCAAAGCCAGGCGCGGUGUCCAGGUCGUCAUUCCCAGUACCUGGCUUACCAAGCAACUUCUACGACUCUUCCUGGGUGGCCAUGCAAUCUCCGGAACGGCUGGCGUGGCUUGACAUGAAGCCUGAAGUGCCUUUGGACUUUCCUCUUGAGCUUCGCAUCCAAGCUGCGAGGAUUCUCGGCAUACUCCGCGUGGAUGGUGCUGUUAGUGACUGGAGGACUCUGCGUGUCAGUCAAGCAGAGCUAGCCAUGCUUGAUGAAUACCUGGACACUGGACGCCGUCCCCCUGCGACUUAUGGGGCAUUGUAG